AUGCCGAAUUGCCGAUGCGGUGCGGGCGCGGCCUGCGCACUGCCGGGCCAGGGCCAGGCGGUCCCGGCUCCUCCUCCAUCCACGGCUCUACGCUACGUGCCGGGUGGACCCCCAGCAGCGGGGCCCUUCCAAGUGGCACUUGCGGCUCCACUCGUCAGCCAGCGAAGGUGGACAAGAGUCGCCCCAGCGGCCCAGCCCAACUCGUCAAACCAAAACGGUGUGGGUGGUUUCUCUCCGCUCUCCGGCCAUCCGGAGAUUUUUGUGGGGAAUUUGUUGAGGUUUUCGUGGAUGUCUCCGAUCUCAACGCAGUGGUGGGGUGCUUCCGUUAUGGAUCUACUAAGGCAUCCCUUCAAGGGAGUUGUCACUGAUAUCAAAGGAAGGGCCACUUGGAUAUUGGCACCUACCAUGUAUAUCUUCUUUGCCUCUGCUCUUCCUGUCAUUGCCUUUGGAGCACAACUGAGCACGGCAACAAAUGGUAUUCUCACAACAGUUGAAACAUUGGCAUCGACUGCGAUAUGUGGCAUCAUACAUUCAAUUCUUGGAGGGCAGCCUUUAUUGAUUGUUGGAGUUGCUGAACCAACUAUUAUCAUGUACACUUAUCUCUACAACUUUGCCAAAAAUCAGCAAGCUCUGGGUGAGAAGCUAUAUUUGGCGUGGGCUGGAUGGGUCUGCAUCUGGACUGCCAUCAUGUUGUUUCUUUUGGCAAUGUUCAAUGCUUCCAACGUUAUUAGCAGAUUUACAAGGGUUGCAGGAGAACUUUUUGGCAUGUUAAUCACUGUUCUGUUCUUGCAAGAAGCUAUCAAGGGGAUGAUAAGGGAAUUUAGUGUGCCCGAAGAUGCUGACAGCAGUUCACCAAUAUACCAAUUCCAGUGGCUGUAUGUCAAUGGCCUACUCGGUGUCAUAUUUUCAAUUGGCUUGCUGUAUACUGCAUUGAGGACCAGGCGGGCAAGGUCAUGGCUAUAUGGCAUAGGGUGGCUUAGAAGCUUUAUAGCUGAUUACGGCGUCCCACUUAUGGUGAUUGUGUGGACAGCAUUGUCGUAUACACUGCCGGGCAAGGUGCCUUCAGGAGUCCCCAGGAGGCUUUUCUCUCCACUUCCCUGGGAGUCAAGUUCACAGGGACACUGGACCAUAGCAAGGGAUUUGUUUUCCGUCCCUCCAGCGUAUAUACUUGCAGCCAUUCUGCCUGCUUUGAUGGUUGCAGGACUUUACUUCUUUGAUCAUAGCGUAGCUUCACAGUUGGCACAGCAAAAGGAGUAUAAUUUGAAGAAGCCUUCUGCCUACCACUAUGACAUUUUGGUCCUUGGAAUCAUGGUCCUGUUCUGUGGUUUGCUUGGCAUCCCUCCAUCUAAUGGAGUCCUUCCUCAGUCUCCCAUGCACACAAGAAGUCUUGCUGUCCUUAAGAGGCAGUUGCUAAGCAAAAAGAUGGUUGAUACUGCCAAGGAGAGCAUAGGAAGAAGUGCUACCAGUUUGGAAAUAUAUGGCAAGAUGGAAGAAGUUUUCAUCGAAAUGGAUAGCGAACAGAAUACUGAUUCUGUUGGCAAGGAGUUGAAGAACUUUAAGGAUGCUGUUCUACAAGAAUUCGAUGAAGAAGGGAAAUUGGCUAGAGAGUUUGACCCUCGGAAACAUAUAGAAGCCCACUUGCCUGUUCGAGUGAAUGAACAGAGAUUGAGUAAUCUGCUACAAUCCAUAUUGGUUGGUGGUUGUGUCGGAGCUAUGCCAGUCAUCAGGAUGAUACCAACAUCAGUUCUCUGGGGUUACUUUGCCUACAUGGCCAUUGACAGUCUACCAGGGAAUCAGUUCUGGGAGAGGAUACAGCUUUUGUUCAUUGCAGAAAGCCGACGCCACAAGGUUCUUGAAGGUCCCCAUGCAUCUUUUGUGGAGUCAGUGGUUCCCAAAACAAUAACCAUCUUCACGAUCUUUCAAUUGGUUUACCUCGUAAUAUGCUUCGGCAUAACAUGGAUACCGAUAGCCGGGAUCCUGUUCCCAGUGCCUUUCUUCCUUAUGAUUAUCAUCAGGCAGUAUCUCCUCCCAAAAUUUUUUGAUCCCAUUGUCUUGAGGGAACUCGAUGCAGCUGAGUAUGAAGAACUUGAUGGGGUCCCCCUUGAACACAAUCUGGAAGAUGAGGUAUCUGACGUAGGAAGUUGUCCUAGCCGUCCUGAUGCAGAGAUAUUGGAUGAACUCACAACCAAUCGGGGAGAGCUAAAGCACAGAACUUCAAGCCUGCGUGAAGAAAGACCAAUUCAGGUUGCUCCAAAUGCGGUUCAGCCAAGCCUGUGA